ACUAACUCCCAGUUCCCCUCGCUCAAUCCCCAUCAGAACCUCCCGACCUGCUCCGUCUCGCUACCAUACCGAUAGUCCCCGCCAUACAAUUGAGCAUCAUCUUCAAAAUACCGGUUGUCAUCCACGCCGCCGUCGAACCCCUCCCCGCCAUACCCCUUUCCCUCCACGCCAUCGACAUUUGCGUCACGAUAACGUAUCUUAUCAGCGAGUCGGUCAUAUCAGCGGGUCGGUCACUUUCUCAGCGCGACGCGUCCUCCUACACUCAACAUCAAUCUCCUCGACAACCCAACAUGCCUCCUACUUUGAAGGAAGCCAGGAUAAUCUUGGCUCUUGAAGCUAUUCAAAACGAUAGCAAAUUAAGCCUCCGAGCUGCAGCCAAGCUUUACAACAUACCAUUCUCAACCCUCCGUGACCGACACGCUGGGAAGCAUGCACGACGCGAUACGACGCCCAAUUCGAAGAAGCUCACUCAACUAGAAGAGGAGGCUAUUGUUUAA